UUUGCUCCAUAUUUAUCCUAUAUGCAUGGUGCGUAGUCUAUGAAAUCAUAGGAAAAAUUCGAUUGUCCAGGGUAAUCAUAGUCUGCUCCUUCGACAGAAACUACGAAGAAUGAAAUCAGAUAUCACAGACAGUAUUAGUAAUAGUUACAAUCAACCUGCAGGUCCAUCCUGGUUAGACCAGCGUUAUUUAGUCUGGAAAGAAUUUGGCAAAAAUCAGCACACUUCAGAAAGCAGCUCCUCAGAAGAUGACGAAGAGGAUACAGAUAAAGGCGUAAAAGAAGCUAUACAGGGAUACACUCAACACAAGAAUUAUGUUAUAGCAUGGGGUUCUCCCCUCUGCGAUAAGACUCGUUGGCCUAUAGUGUCUAGAAAGUUUAUACACUUCUGCCAGUCUAAUGGCUGGACCUGUGUAUGGACCUGUGUAGAGUCAGAAUUCGAGCAUGUACUCGCAGAAGCUGAGCUUAAUUGGUCUAGUUUGUCUUGCAUACGUCAGGAUAUUGUAGAUCUCACACAUGUCAACCUUACACGUUCAAGAGAUGUACGCAACAACGUCCGUAGAUCGAAUAAAGCAGGUCUGGCUGUGCAGGAAGCACUCGAGAUCGUCGAUGCGGAUAAAACAGCAGUAGAGCAAGGUAUACAUGAUUGGAAGAAGAAGCGUACAGGAUUACAGAUCGCCACCCAAGAUUUGCAGCCCUGGGUUGAUCUCAAACAUCGUCGUGUUUUCUAUGCCCGUCAUCUUGAAUCCGGGAAGAUUUGGGGUUUCACUGUAAUUGCAAAAAUUUCGCAAAAUUGCCAACAAAUUGAACACUCAGUGACUUUUCCAAACGCCCCACGCGGUAUCAGUGAGCAUCUUCUUCAUGACGUCCUUGAAACUCUUCAAUCGGAAGGUACACUUUACUGCAGUUUCGGAAUAAGUGCGGCCGAUAAGCUCGUACCUACAAAUAAUCUUAGUAGCAUGCGAAUGGCUUGGUUAUCAAAGAUGUACAAUUCUAUAGUUGCAGCAACAGGCCUCACUAAUAGAGGUGCAUUCCGCGAGAAAUUUGAUGUCGAUCAUCAACCACUCUUUAUCUGCUACCCUAAAGGUAAAUUUGGAACAGAAGCUUUGAAUGCCCUCAUGAAGAGUGUGCAUACAAAGUAAUUUUUACAGUUAUGUUUUCAUUGCCCACUUUUUAAUUCGGAUAGAUUUUGACACUCCACUCUUCACAACUAUAAAUAUACCCCAAACUAGAUUACGACUUAAA